CCAUUGGCGUCUUUGUUCAGAAACAUAUACUAGCAGCAGACAGUCGCGAAAAAUUCACACCACAGACCCACUUCGCGAUUUUCUCUAGCAGCGGCCAAAUCCUUCGCAAAUUCGUCCGUGUCUUUGUGAUUUCGCCCUCCAUUCAUCAAUCGGUGCUAGUUUUCCCCAAAUUCGUCCAAUUUAUUCGGUGAUUUAUGGCAUCUUCUUCAACUUCUCGUCGUCGGCUCUUAUGUGGUCCUGAGGACCCCUCCGUAUUAUAUCUGCAGAGACAACACGUCUCUAAUAACAUAUGGGCAGGAGUGCCAUCGGAAGACGUACGGUGUAGAAGAUACGAAGGAAUCAUAUGGGAUGUUCCCAUAAAUCCUCGUGUUUUGGCGGUUAUAGAUGAGAUGGGGUUCGGCGGGAUGUUGAGGUGUGGUCAACCGAAAGACAUUGACCACCAUCUUAUCACCGCUUUGAUUGAACGUUGGAGGCCAGAGACUCACACGUUUCACUUUCCAGUCGGUGAAGCGACUGUGAGCUUAGAGGACGUGGAGGUCUUAUGGGGCCUCAAAACUGACGGUGAGCCUCUGACGGGUUACAUCCCCACUAAGGAUGUCAACUAUUGGAAGGAUGUUUGUCUGGGUUUUCUUGGCUUUAUUCCAGAUGCAGUUGAUCUAAAAGAAUUGAACUGGAAGCAGACAAGCUUAUCAAAUCAACUGCGGAUUGAGUUGAGUGAUGACCACGAGCAAUACAUGUACAAUCAACGUGCUCGUGUGUAUUGUCUGCUGUUACUGGGUGGUCUACUGAUCCCGAACGCUACCGGUAAUAAAAUUCCCUUCUUCUACCUUCAGUUUUUCAUGGAUAUAGAACAAUGUGCUAGCUAUAGCUGGGGAGGUGCGACUCUUGCCUGCUUGUACCACAAUCUAUGUGAAGCUGCACUUGGUAAGAGGACCGAUGUCGGGGGAGCUCUUACAUUGUUACAGCUGUGGGCUUGGGAAAGAAUCCCAAUUAUUAGACCGCAGAUGCUGAACCCCGCGCCCGUAGACUACUUACCAUGUGCAGUCGCAUGGACUGGUCGGGCCUCUUAUGUAAAAGCACCGGGGCAUUGCAUUGAAACUUUCAGAGAUCAGUUCUCAACAAUGCAUGUCAAUCAGGUAAUUUACGUAAACUAAAUUGUUGCUAGUGUGUUGUUUUGAUUGAACUUGUUUUGACUAAAUAAGUUUCAUAUUUAGUUUAUUUGGAGGCCGUAUGAAUCGCGAAAUCUGCCGGAUGUUUGUGUUGCCGGUCGUCCUAUAUGGACGUCGAUGACAACACUAAUCUGCUGGAAUAUGGUUGAGCCACACAUGCCACAGCGGGUGUUGCGACAAUUUGGGAUUGUCCAACCUUAUAUCCCGAUUGUCGACCGGUUCCACGGAUCUGAUUUUACGAAACAGGAUCGACGUGGCAAAGCAGGUCGGAACUGGGUUCAGUGGCACGCCAAUCAUAUACAAGAUUGGCAUAAUAGGCACGACACGGUGUAUGUUGAUUUGGAGUACUCAAUGGUGCCUGUUGCUACUGAUGAGUACAUGGAUUGGUUUCGCCGGA